AUGGGACGUUCAUCAAGAAGCCGAUCAAAUAGUUUAAGUACUAGAUCAUCCUUUGUUAAAAGAUCUGGUUCAAAUGAUAUGCAUAGAGGAAGUAACACAAGCGCACAAAAUUAUUCAGGUAAUUUAAUGCAACAACAAAAUUCUGGAAAGUCAGGUUUUUUAUCCAAUAUGAUGGGAACAGUAGCAAGUGGUAUGGCUUCAGGUGUAGGAUUUGGAGUAGCUCAAAGAGCUGUUGAUUCUAUUUUAGGACCAAGGCAUGUAGAAGUUUCACACACAAAUAACAAUGCUCAAAUGAAUCAAGCAGCAGCAAUGAAUAGUGAAAGAAAUAUGCACAAAUGCCAACCAUAUAUGGACGAGCUAAAUCAAUGUUUGAUGAGACAUUCUGAUGUUAGCUUAUGCCAAAAUUACGCAGAUUCUUUAAAAUCUUGCCAACAGUCAAUGUAA